AGUCCACGAGAAGCAGCACGAGCGCACCUCCGGUAUCUUUCUGUUGUCCCGUAGGCUCGCGCGGUUUCACACGGUUUGCCUAUACCAGGCAUGGCUGACGGUUGCACCUCAUCAUGGCCGUGCGACAUUACACUCUCGACUUCAGCCUCUCUGCGCCAGCUGACUGCUCCGCGACUGUGCAUGGACUGCAGUCAAUUUUUCAGGAACAAGAAAUGACAGAGACUGUUCACAACACAGAAGGCCAUGGCUACUUGGCAACCUUCAUUGGCAAAAAUGGCAGGUUUGUUGUUCUACGGUGUCACUCCCAUGGGCUGGUGACCCUUGACCUGCAGUGCUACGAGGCAGACAACCUUGGGCAAGUUGACCAUCUGCUGAACGCACUGGAAAAGAAGCUGAAAUCUGUGCUACAUGGGAACAUCAGGACGAUGAAGAGGCUCCCAGCACUGCAGCGCGGGUCGGAGGUGGACCGCUACUGGCCCACAGCCGACGGCAGACUGGUGGAGUAUGACAUCGAUGAGGUCGUGUACGAGGAGGACUCCGCCUAUCAGAACAUCAAAAUCCUACACUCCCGCCAGUUUGGGAACAUCCUCAUCCUCAAUGGAGACGUCAACCUAGCGGAGAGCGACCUGGCGUACACACAGGCAAUCAUGGGGAGCGGGAAGGAGCAAUACGCAGGGAAGGAGGUGCUGAUCCUGGGGGGCGGCGACGGGGGCAUCCUCUUUGAGGCCGUCAAGUUGAAGCCAAAGAUGAUCACCAUGGUAGAGAUUGACCAGCUGGUGAUUGACGGGUGUCGAAAGCACAUGAGGAAGACUUGCGGAAACGUCCUGGACAAUCUGAAGGGAGACUGCUAUGAGGUGUUAGUACAGGACUGUGUCCCUUUGCUGAAGAAGUUUGCCGAAGAAGGGAAGACGUUUGAUUACGUCAUCAAUGACCUCACUGCAGUUCCCAUCUCUACAGCACCAGAAGAAGAUUCCACUUGGGAGUUUCUACGGCUGAUUCUGGACCUGUCAAUCAAAGUUUUGAGACCCAGUGGGAAGUACUUCACACAGGGGAACUGUGUCAACCUGACAGAGGCCCUGAGUCAGUAUGAAGAGCAGCUGGAGAAGCUUAGCAAUCCAGUAGACUUCUCCAAGGAGGUAGUGUGUGUCCCAUCGUACAUGGAGCUGUGGGUUUUCUACACGAUCUGGAAGAAAUAGCAACUUCCUUCUCUCUCAAACCUGAGCUCCUGUCUGCACAAAGGCAAUUGACACGGAAGUGUAGCUGUCCUCUGUGGCACUGAAGAGAAAUACAGCUGUUUUUACUGUCCCUUUUGUGUUGAACUUGCAGAUAUUUUUUAGCUGUUGUUAUUUCAUUGUGUUGAAAGUCAAAAAAAGAAUGUAUUACCUUGUUUGUGAGUUUGGGUUGGGCAGUGUUUUUUGAAUGCCUCCAGAGGGCGCUGGGUGGCAGCAUGGAGUGAAAGCUGCUUGAUACACUGAAGGCUGGAGAGUGACUCAGCAUUUUACACAGAGCAGGCACAGCCAAACUCCUGCUUCUGUGGGUUUGUUUAUACUUCUCAUUUUAGAUUAAAGACAGCAUCCAUAAACCCGGCUUUUUGAUUCCCUUUCAGUUGUGACGGAUUCUUUUGUAGUUUUAACUGUUUUAUUUUUUUUCCUGUAACUUUUGCUUGAAUGUGAUUUGAUUCACGGUGCUUCCUGAGGAUGAUCGGCAGUCGUGAUGCAUUCUGGGAUUACCAGGGAUUCAGGACCUGCACUGCCCCCGCCCAUUAAAGUUGAUGUGUUUAAAUGUGGUUUAAAAGGGAAAUGGGUCCUUUUGCCUUUAGUUUCUUGCUUGUUUUCUUUUUGCCGAACUGUGAAAGCCUAUAAUCAAGCCUAGUGUUCCAUGCUUGGUUUUGUUUUCCCCACAGCUUUUUUUCUCAUUUGAACUCAGUGCAUUUCUGUGAAGUUGUUUGGUGCACAUGCUGAAAAUGCAAGGUUUUACUGUAUGUAGCAUGCACAUACAUACGCAUUUAUGCAUAUUUUCCUUAAUGAG